AUGCACAAGUGCCUGUGUGCCUGCCAACAGGCUGCCCUGAACGAGUUCACGGGAUUCAAGGCUGCCGGCGCUCUCCGCCUCGGAAACAACCAGAACCAGAGCCUCGCCGCCCGCGUCGCUGCUCAGGCCACCACAGGCACCGUGGGCUCGAAGCAGGUGACCCAGGCAAAGAAGAUCAACGUUGCCAUCAACGGAUUCGGCCGCAUUGGCCGCAACUUCCUUAGGUGUGUGGAGGGUCGCGAGAACUCCAACCUCAACAUCACCGUCAUCAACGACUCCGGCGGCGUGAAGCAGGCAUCUCACCUGCUCAAGUACGACUCUACCCUCGGGACCUUCAACGCUGACAUCAAGGUCAUUGAUGACAGCACUGUUUCGGUCAACGGCAAGCAGAUCAAGAUCGUGUCCAACAGGGAUCCUCUGCAGCUGCCGUGGGGAGAGAUGGGCAUUGACCUGGUCAUUGAGGGGACCGGUGUCUUCGUGAGCAGUGACGGCGCAGGCAAGCACAUCAAGGCCGGCGCCAAGAAGGUGCUGAUUACAGCCCCGGCCAAGGGCAAUGACAUCCCCACAUACGUCAUUGGUGUGAACGAUGACACAUUCGACCCCUCAGCGCCCAUCAUCUCCAACGCUUCGUGCACCACCAAUUGCCUGGCCCCCUUCGCCAAGGUGCUGCACGAGAAGUUCGGCAUCGUCAAGGGGACGAUGACGACCACCCACUCCUACACCGGAGACCAGAGGCUGCUGGACGCUUCCCAUCGCGACCUGCGCCGUGCGCGCGCAGCCGCGCUCAACAUCGUGCCCACCACCACCGGUGCCGCCAAGGCCGUCGCCCUCGUGCUCCCCGAGCUCAAGGGCAAGCUCAACGGCAUUGCGCUGCGCGUGCCCACCCCCAACGUGUCCGUGGUGGACCUGGUGAUCCAGGUGGAGAAGAAGACUUUGGCAGAGGAGGUGAACGAGGCCUUCCGCAACGCCGCGGCCAACGAGCUCAAGGGCAUCUUGGCCGUCUCCGACGUGCCCCUGGUGUCCAGGGACUUCGCGCUCACAGACGUGUCCACCACCAUCGACUCCUCCCUCACCAUGGUCAUGGGAGACGACAUGGUCAAGGUGGUGGCAUGGUACGACAACGAGUGGGGCUACAGCCAGCGUGUUGUGGACCUCGCCGAGCUUGUUGCCAAGAACAUGUGA